AGUCAUCUAAACCCAAAGUGAGCGUCCCUCUGUCUGCUAUCGUGGAGGUGAGGACCACCAUGCCUCUAGAGAUGCCCGAUAAAGACAACACAUUCGUGCUCAAGGUAGAAAAUGGUGCUGAAUACAUUUUGGAGACCAUCGACUCUCUGCAGAAGAACUCGUGGGUCGCAGACAUCCAGGACUGCAUUGACCCCGGGGACAGCGGCGAUGACAUCGAGCUGGCGUCAUGCGCUCACAGCCAAACGCACAAAGACUUCUCGCUGGUGUCCUCCUGCAGCUGCGAGCUGCUGUGUGACGGUUCACAUCGGGGGUCCGAGCGACUGGGCUCCGUUGCUGCUGAUCAGUCGACUGCUGGCCUCUGUCAGGAGCCGCUGGUUACCCAGCACCCCUCACAUGUCCCGCUAGAGCGGUUCCUGCAGUCGCCAGAGGCCCUGAACACCAACACAUCAUCAGGAAGCCCAGGUGAAACACCAAGGGAAGCGGAAGGAGAUGCCAGUUUGGCGGGUUACCCAUGGUUCCACGGGACGCUGUCACGGGUGCGGGCGGCCCAGCUCGUUCUCGCUGGCGGUGCACAGAGUCACGGUCUGUUUGUGAUCCGCCAGAGCGAGACGCGUCCUGGAGAAUACGUCCUCACCUUCAACUUCCAGGGCAAAGCCAAGCACCUGCGGUUGUCUGUGAAUGACAGCGGUCAGUGUCACGUUCAUCACCUGUGGUUCCAGACGGUGGCUGAUAUGUUACAGCACUUCCACGCUCACCCCAUCCCGCUGGAGUCCGGCGGCUCCACAGACAUCACGCUACGCUCAUACGUACAAGUCCAGCGCUCGCCCACAGAUGUGGCUCCUCAGAUCCCAGCUGCCCCGCGGGACUCCGCCGUCUGUGGGGCCGAACCCCAGCUCUCCAGCGCAGCUCCUCCGUCAGACACAGUGCUGUCCUCCAGCUCGUCCUCGUCUCCGAUGGCUCAGCCGAGCGCCGGCCUCCACAGCCGCAGCAGCAGCGCCGAGAGACUCCUGGAGCCCGGGGCCGCGGGGGCCGACGACUACCACGAGAGCGACGGCACGCGGCGGACUCGAGCCGUGGAGAACCAGUACUCCUUCUACUGACGCUGCUGCUGCUGCGCUUCAUGAGAGACGAGAGCUUUCACUGUUACAGCACACUCCAAACUGAUCAGGUGUCUGAGUGUUUCCCUUUGUGUUGUUUCUGAUUUGAUGUGUGCGAUUUACUCAUGUUUAGUACUGAUGAAUAUCUCUCCUGCUGACCACGGCUGCAUU